UCCUCAGCUAUGAACUUCGCCUUGUUAGGAUCAUUGUGGUUCUGUUUGAUUAUUCAUGUCACCCGCGCCUCUGUUAAAAAUAACAGCUCUGUCGUUGUAGUUCAAUGCAUAACUAACGUUGACUGCGGUGAACUACUGACAUGUAUAGACCUAACAUGUCAAGACCCAUGUCCCGGGCCCUGCACUGGUAAUGCUACCUGCGAGAUCUACAACCAUGUACCGUACUGUGCCUGCAAACCUGGCUUCUCCGGCAACCCCUUCGCCGGCUGUCAGCGAGUUCCAGAAACUCAAAGAGGUUAUUUAUUACCAGGCAGCAGACCUUCUGGCACAAAGGUCUACAGAGUGGAGCGCUUUUUUAAGGUCAAUUAUUUUUCUGCACUUCUUUAUUGCACGACCCAUGGUGGAAGAUUGGCGAGGAUUGAGUCAAAAGAUGAAAAUAAAUUAAUCAAAGAUGUGAUUAAUAAAACAGGUAUACGUAACGCAGAAUUUUGGACAUCUGGGACAAACUUGCCCAUGGGACAAUGGGUCUGGAUGUCUUCCAGGGAACCGGUGCUUCCAGAUUACUCGGACUGGUGGCCUGGAGAGCCUAACAAUGCUGGAGACGAACACUGCUUGGAGCUCUGGGAGAGGGAUAGCAGGGGCUAUAAGUGGAACGACAAAAGAUGUACCGAGCAACUUUACCCGAUAUGUGAAUAUUUUGAAUAAGACUAGAAGGUUAUUUUUUACAAUAAAGCCAAUUCAAACAUGGAA